AGUGAUACCUGAGCGUUUAAAGGGCUCGGAUAUCAGCUGACGGACUGCCGCCGGCGUCCAGUCUUGGGGGCCAGGGUCGCGGCCGCCUUGGGCAGAGAUCAUGGCGGAGCGGCCCGGAACAGUGCUCCGGGGCAGACCUGGGGAACCGCGGAUGCUGGGGUUCUGGGGAGUCUGUAGGGUUCCGGUAUUUGCCGCGAUCUUCCUGCUGCUGUUGUCUCUAGCAGGAUUCGGAACUACGGCGGGGAACGACUUCGAUCUGGUUCAGCCGCUGGUGACCCUGGAGCAGCUGCUGUGGGUGAGCGGGAAGCAGAUCGGCUCUGUGGACACCUUCCGCAUCCCGCUCAUCACAGCCACUCCCCAGGGCACUCUGCUUGCCUUCGCUGAAGCCAGAAAAAUGUCCUCAUCGGAUCAGGGGGCCAAGUUUAUUGCUCUGCGGAGGUCCAUGGACCAGGGCAGCACAUGGUCUCCUACAGCCUUCAUUGUGGAUGAUGGGGAGACCCCAGAUGGGCUGAACCUGGGAGCAGUGGUGAGCGAUACGGAGACAGGAAUAGUGUUCCUUUUCUACUCCCUCUGUGCUCACAAGGCUGGCUGCCAGGUGGCCUCCACCAUGUUGGUGUGGAGCAAGGAUGACGGUGUUUCCUGGAGCUCACCCCGGAACCUCUCCUUGGAUAUCGGCACUGAAGUGUUUGCCCCUGGACCAGGCUCAGGCAUUCAGAAACAGCGGGAGCCGCGGAAGGGCCGCCUCAUCGUGUGUGGCCACGGGUCGCUGGAGCGGGAUGGGGUCUUCUGCCUCCUCAGUGAUGAUCAUGGUGCCUCCUGGCGCUAUGGGAAUGGGAUCAGAGGCAUCCCCUAUGGCCAGCCCAAGCAGAAAAACGAUUUCAACCCUGAUGAAUGCCAGCCCUAUGAGCUUCCGGACGGCUCAGUCGUCAUCAACGCCCGGAACCAGAACAACUACCACUGCCACUGCCGAAUCAUCCUCCGUAGCUACGAUGCCUGUGAUACACUGAGGACCCGUGAUGUGACCUUCGACCCUGAGCUUGUGGACCCUGUGGUAGCUGCAGGAGCUGUAGCCACCAACUCUGGCAUCAUCUUCUUCUCCAAUCCAGCCCAUCCAGAGUUCCGAGUGAACCUGACCCUGCGCUGGAGCUUCAGCAAUGGGACCUCAUGGCGGAAAGAGACGGUCCAGCUGUGGCCAGGACCCAGUGGCUACUCCGCGCUGGCAGCCCUGGAGGGCAGCGUGGGCAGGGAGGACCAGGCCCCCCAGCUCUAUGUCCUGUAUGAGAAAGGCCUGAACCAAUACACAGAGAGCAUCUCCCUGGCCAAAGUCAGCGUCUAUGGGACGCUCUGAGUUGUACGCAGGGGUAGAAGGCCCUGGACUCAGCCAUCAGGAUCAUGGGUCUGUAGGAGGUCUGCUGGAGGUGCCUAAAAGACAGUUCCACCUUCCUUUAGACCCUAGCCUUUUGCAAAACCAGCUUCUCUUUGACAGGGAAAUCAUUCUGUUAGGACUGAAAGCCUGGCUUCUUCUCCCGCACAGGAAGUCCUGCCCUCCCAGGACCAUGAUUGCUCCUUUUCUUGGGCAGGGCCAGGUGGGCUUAGAGCGUUGAAUAACUGUGAACUCAGGGAAUUGGGGGAGGCUGAGCUUCCUCUUUGGACUAGGAUACUGGCCUUGAAGAGGGUUGCUGAAAGUCCUGAAAGGGUGGAAUAUUUGAUUUCAGGGUAGGGAACUAGGGGUACCACCCACCUUGACUAUUUAUGAAUCAAAAUGUUUGUAACUUAAUGUUUUUAAUGAAGGGGAAUGAACAUGCAUAGCGUCUCUGA